GUUUUUACUCGGCCCCUGUUUAUAUAUUUUGGAAAGCGGGAGGUUAGGUAGAUGUUGUUCGAAAACUUUGCUUGUACCUAACAUAUAAUGGAGUUCGACGAGUAUUUGAUUGAAUUAGUUCGUUCUCAUUCAGAGCUAUAUAAUAUGACUGAUAGGAGAUAUAGUGAUUCCGUUUGGAAAGAAACACUGUGGAAGGAAAUUGGAGAAGAGAUGGGGCGUCCAGGCCCUGAAUGCAAGCGGCGAUGGGUGUCACUGAGAGACCAAUUUAGAAAAUGUGUUAUUAAAAAAACAAAGAGUGUACAAGCCACCAAUCCAAGAAGCCAUGGAAGUAUGAGGAGAUUAUGGCUUUCCUGCACCUAUACAUGCUGGAGCGGGAAACAGUUUCUAACAUAACUGUUGAUAUUUGUUCAGAGGAUGAAUCAAACAGUGAGGUGUCAUCGCCUAUUCCGGACAUUGAAAAUAACAGUGAUUUGAGGUCAGAGACAAGCAGGCCUGUCAUGCAAAAGCGUAGUCAAAGUGGCAGUAAGAGGAGAAAUACAGACUCUGCAUCUGCUUCUCUGAUGAAUUAUAUUCUACUGACACAGCCAAAGGAAGAUCACAUUGACAGUU